CGAUUGGGCACUAUUCCUCCCCCCACUGACACCAACGAUGGGGCACUAUUCCUCCCCCCACUGACACCAACGAUGGGGUACUAUUCCUCCCCCACUGACACCAACAAUGGGGCACUAUUCCUCUCCCACUGACACCAAUGAUGGGGCACUAUUCCUCCCACUGACACCACACUGAUACCAAUGAUGGGGCACUAUUCCUCCCAUUGACACCAGUGAUGGGACACUAUUCCUCCCACUGACACCAAUGAUGGGGCACUAUUCCCCCCACUGACACCUAUGAUGGGGCACUAUUCCUCCCACU